AAGAGAGUCCCGUCUGUCAGCCGGAGAAGUGUGUGUGUGUGUGUGAGAGAGUGUGUGUGUCUAUCGGUGUGUGUGGAUGCUUUUUGUUUAAUCAGCGACGGACUGAAAACGCACAAUCUACCUUUGUCUCACCUGGACUUCCGUUUGUUUUUAACUCUCUCCAGGACCGUGGAGCUUCCCAGCUGAGUUACCGGCUUUUUGUGUCCGUUCACAGCUGGACAGACGGGCGGCCGCAAAGAGGAUCAUAAAGACUGUGUGGUGUCGCUGCCGGCUGAUCUGCCAGCGCUGCCUUUGGGAUAAAGAGCUGCCAUCAGCUGUGCACUGUGGCUGACCGGUGACCCCGAUCCACAGCCUGCUUCUGGGUCACCGCUGAGCUAAUAGAGGUGGUCUGGCCGGGCCUGAUGUGGAAUUUGACCCCGACUGACCCCGUCCCACGAGUAGCCUUUCACUGAGCCCGGCCUGGGAGAAAAGGGAAAGAUAAAAGAGGCGAGAGAGGCGACGGAGAAGAAAGGAGGGAGAAAGGCAGAGCAGCAGCACAGCGACCGCUCCUCCAGGAUGCCGGUGGAAACCCUGCGGCCCUCGGAUGGCCGCCUGGCGGGGGUCCCCUUCACCUCCGCCAUGCCCUUCAGGAUACUGAACAAGGGUCCGGACUACUUCCGACGCCAGGCCGAACCGGGCGCCCGCAAGCUGAGCGCCGUGGAGCGUCUGGAGGCCGACAAGGCCAAGUACGUUAAGAGCCAGCAGGUGGCCCUCACCCGCCAGGCCCCCAUCAAGCCACCAAUCAUCCGUAAGCCCCUGGUGCCUCCGGGGAUGAUGCUCCAGUGCCAGAUCAGCACUCCUCCGGCCAGAAAGGUCCCCCGCUGCCCCGUUGAUGUGGAGAACGGUGGAGGCAGAGAGGGGUCAGGAGAGAGACGGAGACCUGCUCUUAACUUGGAUAUUCUGAAUAACUUAAUCAAUGAUGUAUGUGAUGGACCACAGCCCUGCUCCCAGUCCUCCUCCUCCACCUCCCCCUCCUCGUCCUCUCCAUCUUCAGGGGCCAAGAGCAUCGGCAGCAGCCUGUCGGCUGAGCAGGAGAGGAACAACCGGAUCCUCAACAACCUCAAACCACUGAACCACGGCACCACCACCUCCUCAUCCACCUCCUCCUGCACUUCGUCUCCGCUCAACAACAACCUCCGGACCCCCGCAGCAGAACUCACCCGCCGUCCUCCCCCCGUCCCAGCUCGGGCCCCCCGCAUCGGCAUCCCCGCUCCCUACAGCUCCCCCAACUCAGUGACGGUGCGCCGGGUGGAUGUUCGGCCUCAGGCUGAGAUCAGGAAGCCUCAGAGGGCUCAGCUGCUCCGGCCCAGACAGACUGCUCAGGGCCAGGUCGCCCAUCCCCAGGUCCCGCCUCCACCUCCCCCUCCAGCCUCCCAGAGUCAAGCCCACCCUCAGCUCAGCACCCAGUCACAGACCUCCCCCCCAGCCUACCUGCCUCCCAGCCCCAUGCUUGUUCGAGCCGGCAUGAUCCCGCCCGCCUCGCCCGCUUUCACCCGCAUAUCCAACGCCAGCUCCAAGGGUUCCGCCCGCAAGCACCCGUCCCUGCACCGCUCCAAGUCGGACCUGAGCGACCGCUACUCCCGGGCCACCGCCGACCUGGAGCGCUUCUUCAACUACUGCGGGCUGGACCCGGAUGAGGUGGAGGGGAUGGGCGGCGUGGAGCGCUUCACCAGGGCCAACUCGGACAUCGUGUCCGUCUCCAAGCUCCGCAGCGUCAGCACGCCCAGCUCGGAGUGCGGCGACGAGGCCGACCGGAUGAGGGAGGACGGAGGGGACGAGGAGGAUGAGGACGGGCCCGGCAGAGCCAGCGAACGGGUCCCGUACGGCAUCUCGGUCAUCGAGAGGAACGCUCGAGUCAUCAAGUGGCUGUACGGCAUCCGUCAGGCGAGAGACACGAACAGCGCCGUCUCUAACGUUUAGACUAACGAGGACUUGGAAAAAAGCCCAUUUGUUGAUCUUCUGCUGCCUUACGUCACAGUUUUGGAUAAUCCAGUAGUUGUUUCUUCUGUUUCCUGUGAGGACUGACUUUUGUUUUGGAGAUUUUCUUUAAAUGUGGGCUGAAACUCAGGACUGUUUCCCUGCCAGAGAUAAAGGACGAUGCGUCUCCCGUCUGCUUCAUUUGAUCCCGUGUGACAAUACUGGUAUGCAAAAGCAAUAAUAGACUGGUGUGAAUGGUGGUGUGCAUGAAGGCGGAGGAUGACCGCAGUUGUGGUUCCUCAUGUAAAGGUACAGUGUGUGUGUGUGUGUGUGUGUGUGUGUGUGUGUGUGUGUUGUCAGCACAAAGCCAGACUGGAAGUCGGCUUCAAACUGCCAGAAAGCUGCACGGCAAAGUGACGGUUGAGCAAACCAGGAAGAGAACCACGUUGAUACUGUGAAACCUUCUCACGUUUAAAAAAAAAAAAAAAAAGUUUCCAUGAACACAUUCAUAUUUUUUAAAGAAAAAAAAAGAGAAAAAUCUUUUGGCUGUAAGACUGUUAUUACACAAGUUUCUGUCAGCAUGCAGAGUUUGUAUAUUAUUUCGAGGUUCGUCAUCUCAAUCAAGCACACAUGUUAUCCUCUCACACACUCGCACCGCACAGACGUACAUUCAGGUCGAUUACAGUUAGUGCUGUUUGUGUAUCAGGCUGUAAUAUUGUCUAGUCGUGUGCGUUCGAAUCUGGUCUCAUGUCUUUGGGUUACGCUGCACUGGUGCAGCCAGAAAAAUCAGUUUACUUUGUAUGUCUUGGCACGGAUGAGAGAGCAAGUCAUAUGAUGAAGGACGGAGUGGAUGGUUGAAGUAAGUGUGAAGUUGUUUAGCCUCUUGGACGGAUGGAGAAAUCAAAGGGUGGUUAACAGGACGACUGAAAAGAGUAUACUCACGGAUUAAAACAAGGUAUCUGUGGUGUAUAGAUAUGGCUGCGGCUCUGAAAGUGUCUCAGGAAGAUGGCAUACUGACAAAAAUGGACCAAUAUUUAUUUGGAAAAAUGUAACUUAAUGUAUUUUUUAAUAUCGGACAAGUUUGUGUACAGAAUUUUGCUCUUAAGUGCAAUCUGAUCGUAUUUACUAUAAUUACAAUAUAUGUAGGAUCACGUUUUAAACACACACAUGCAAAUACAGGCACCGGACACAUGCUAAGUGUGAAUGUUGUAAACAGGGGAACGCUGCGUGUCGCCCCGCAGUGAGACUGUUGCGUAUUUAUUUGGAUUCCUGUUGGUCGCAGCGGGAACAACAGUGUGAGUUCUCCCACCCUCUGCAUCUCCUCCCCCUUUUUUAAAAACUUUGUGAUGUUCAGUACGGUCAGGUUCAGAGGGCCGGAGAACCCGACGGCAGCGAACUCAAAUGUGCUGUUGAAUCCGGCACCGGAUGCCCAAAGAGUCUUGAAGUGAGAGAUCCAAAAUGCUUUACCAUGGUGUAUUCUGAACAGCUAAUAAUAAAAAAAAAAUGUUCAAGUA